GGGCGGAAGAGAAGUACCAUACGUGAGACAAAGGGCGAAGGCGACUCACUGCAAAACAUUACAAAUGCUGAAAAAGUUGGUGAAGGAGCGACUCAUGGCGGCAGCCGAGGAGAUAUUGUCGAUGUUUGACAGAAGAAUAGCGUCCUACGAGGGGGAACUUGCCCGAACGAGAGUGGAAGAGUUGGUGAAGGAGCGACUCAUGGCGGCAGCCGGGGAGAUAUUGGCGAUGUUUGACAGAAGGAUAGCGUCCUACGAGGAGGAACUUGCCCGAAUGAGAGAGGAGAAGGAGCGACAUCGACAACAACUGGAAGCUGUUAGCAAGACUGGAACCGUGCCACAACUUAAAGAUGUCGAGCAGCUCGGCCCUCAGCUGCAGGGAGGAGGCGCCACUUUGAAGCAGGAUGACCCACAGACCCCUCACGCUAAAGAAGAAGAGGAGGAACUCUGGACCACUCCAGAGGGAGAUUGUCUUCUGGGGCCGGAGGAGGCUGAUCUCACCAAGUUUCCACUGGCUGGUGUGUCUGUGAAGACUGAAGACCAUGAAGACACACCACCUGAGUCCUUACAGCUUCAUCACAGUCCACAUGUCCAGCAGCUGAUUGGUCAUCAAGUAGAACGUGCCCUUCAGCCGCAGGAGGGGAGCUCCGCUUUGAAGCAGGAGGAGCAGGAGUCCCUCCUCCAUGUUAAAGUGGAAGAGGAGGAAGCCUGGACCGCUCGGGACGGAGCGUGUUUUCUCGGGCCGGAGGAGGCUGAUCUCACCCAGUUGCCGCUGACUGGUGUCCCUGUGUGGACUGAAUACUACGAAGACACACCACGGCUUCUUCCUGAGGCUGAACACGGGGACUACACCCAAGAAACUUUGAGCGACGAUAUAGAUUGUGAAGGCGAUAAGAGAUCUCGCAGCGACAGCAAACACACGGAGUGCUCUAAAAAGAAGACGACAGAACGUUGUUCUCUGCAACAAGUAAUGGAAAUGCUGGGGUUAAUUGGUGGAGACAACUCCGAGGUGGAGGAUUUAUCAGACAUCGAUGAUCCUGUGGGAGAUGCUGAAUAUCAACCUCCUCCCACCAGCAGUGAGGAAGACAGUAGUGGGUGUGAGGACCCCGUGCCACAGCCCUGUCAGCCUAUCAGGGGACGCAAACGUUUGCGCGAGGAAUACGAGGGAUAUCGGUCAGAUCGUGACACUGGCACAUCAUGCACCCCCAGGCGUCGCUCUCAGACACCGCAGGAAGAUGCUGAUGUCUCAGGCAAUGUCUCUGAAGAUACAACACCAGGACCCAGCCAUGAAGAACAGUCCAACAAAGGGCGUGGAAUGCGAUGGAAGGCUUCUUCGCUUACCCCACAUCAAGCUCCGUUUGACCACGAGGAGGAAACUGUUCAUGACAGAGAAGGCUGGACCCCACUGGACUACAUACAACAGUAUAUUGACAAAGAUUUGAUAAGAAUCAUUGCAGAUUGCUCAAAUGCUACAUCACUGUCUAGAAGUGGAGAUCCACUCAACACAACAGCUGAUGAAAUUUUUCAUUUUUUUGGUGCCUGUAUUUUGAUGUCUUGUGUACCAUAUCCUGCAAUCAAGAUGUACUGGUCUAAAUCCUUGAGAUUCCCUGCCAUCACUGAAAAGUUCACACGUGACAGAUUCUUCCGACUGAGGAGGUCACUCAAAGUGCUCAUUGAUGAGGAUGUUCCAGAAGAUCUGAAAGAGUGUGACAAGUUCUGGAAGGUGAGGCCUUUUCUCAACCGCAUUCUGAAAGGCUGCAAAUCUCAGGCUCGGCCACAGUGCGUUUCCAUUGAUGAACAGAUGAUUCCAUUCACAGGAGCUUGUCCAUGUCGACAAUAUCUGCCGAUGAAACCAAACCCAGUUGGCAUCAAAAACUUUGUUUGCGCAACAUCAGAUGGUAUAGUACUGGACUUUGAGAUUUAUCAAGGUGCAGAUGGACUCCGUGAACAAGUUGAAGAACCAGGUAAUCUGGGUUUGGGAGGCUUGGUGAUCGAUCGUCUGUCUCAGACUCUGCAUCCUAAUACAAAUGUGUACUGUGAUCGAUUCUUCACAUCAAUCCAGGCAGUGGAACACAUGCUGAAGAAGCAGGUGUAUGUAACUGGUACAGUUAUGAGGAAUCGAGUUGCUGCUGCAGUGCAGAAAUUGCCAAGUGACAAGACCAUGAAAAAAAAUGGAAGAGGAACCUCAGCACAAGUUACCAAUCUGGAUGGAAACAUUUGUGUAACCAAGUGGUUUGACAAUAAACCGGUGUUGAUGAUGUCUACUGUACAUGCUCAAGAGCCAGAAGACACGUGCCAGAGAUGGGACAAGAAACUGAAACGGUAUGUGACCAUCUCUCGACCAUGUGUUAUCCGUGAAUACAACUCCAAGAUGGGUGGAGUUGACCUUGUGGAUAGAAUGAUGAGCUACUGUCGAAUGAGUGUCCGUACAAAAAAAUGGACACUGCGGAUGCUGAUGCACUUUACCGAUCUGGCUUUAGCCAACAGCUGGCUACUGUACCGCAAAGACCUCACUCUGAAUGGCACACCAAAGAAGAACAUCAUGCAGUUCCUUCAAUUCCGCAUGGAAGUGGCCAUGACCUUCUUGGCUCAGAGAGACAAUGACAACUCUGACUUUUCAGAGCAGGAAGAUGACACAGACGUUUCAGUCCAAGGGAAACAGCGUCCAGUGCAGGCAGUGCCCCACAUCUCAUUCCGCAGGAAGGCUAAUGCACAUCUGCCAGAAGUGGUACACUCAAAGAACGCAUCACGAUGCAGAGCAAAAGGAUGCUCAGGGAAAACUCGAGUGCAGUGUGUUACGUGCAAGGUGUUCCUCUGCUUACAGGCAGAUCGCAACUGUUACGCUGCCUUUCAUACAUAGGCAUGGACAUUUUCCCAAGGGGAAAAAAUGUUGGAGCACUUUUGGUGUGCAAGUUUCAUGUUUCACACCAUGUUCAGAAAUUGAAAUGAACAGUUCAACAGUAGCAAUGAAAAAUAUUUUUGAAGGUUUACUUGUUUUAUAUCUGUCCUCCUGCAUCUGUUACAGCACUUCAUAUGACUUGCGUAAAGGGGCACAAGUUGUUGCUUUGAAUUUUGUUUUUGCACUUGGAAAAAAUGCUGCUGUGUUCAGGCAACAAAUCAAGUUUUGCACAUCUUUACUCAAUUGUGACGUUAUUGUGUUCACUCAAAUUUAAAACGAAUGUCCUCAUAUGUGGACAUCAUUUUUCUCAGAAACUACAUCAUGUAAAAAGAUAAUUCUUUGUUUUUACACUCAUAAGGUCCCAAGUAGCCUAAAUAUCAAAGAGAAAAUAAAAAUGCAUGCCUUGCAAGAGUUCGGGUCUUAGGAGGUUAAGGGAAGGAGCAUUCUACAAUACCCACUGACCACGUGCAGGUUCUGGGUGAAAAAAGACCAGAAGCACGUUUAUUCUCGCACCCGGCGCGUAUCAACGGUCAAUUGCCAUUCUCGACACACAACACACUCCGACCUUCAAAAUAACAGCGUUUUUCACAUUUGUCUAAUUGUGUAAACAAAAUAAUUGACAAAUCAUUAAAAUAUCUUCCAUUAGUAAGGCGAUUGGAAUGACAUCUGUGACUGCAUCUUCCUUCAUCACAAGCACGGGCAUUACGGUUUGUUGAAGGUUUAGUAACAAUAUGUGCUGAGGCUGACUUCCCAUUAGAAAAGUUAGCUAGGCUAAGCUACAUCCAUUUCUCAAUGACUGGACCACAUGGGCCAAUGAUGGAUUGCGUCAAUAAAAGGAAGGAUUUUUGCAUUUUUUUUACUAACCCAAAUAGCACACACUCUAUGCUGGUCAAAUAAGUGGAAAAGGGAGAAAACUGAAAUAAACGGAAUUUGGGGGAAAAAAACAAAACAAAUUUCAUAGGGCGUGAAGAGAGUUUGUUAAAAAAAUGUCAUAUAUUCUAAAUCACACCACAAAUUGAUCUAUAACCAUGUCAAAUGUUUAGUCCUCCCCGAAAAGUAUUUUACACGCCCAUUUUUUCCAGUUUUAUCUUCUAUUGGCUCUUUUAUUGGAUUAGGGAGUUUUGUUCCAAAAGCCAAACAAGAUUGUUGGUCAUGCUGUGGAAUUAAAAAAAAGUACAUUCAGAAAUACUUUGCUUGCAUUAUUUUUAGUGCUGUGAAGAUCUAUUUUCAUAACCAUAUUCAAUUCUACGAACUCGUGUUUGUAACAAAAGAUUAUUCUUAUUAUUUAAAAAACUAACAAAAAAAACAUCGGUGUCGGAUCGGCAAGACUGUAAAAAAAAAAAAUCGUAUCGGAAGCCAAAAAAUGUGGAUCGGGA